CAUGCGUCAUACAUUUUGUUCAUGUUAUGAAGGGGGGAAUAUCACCACCCAAUUAAUUACAUAAACUAUAUUACGGAGGCAGAAUGGAUUACAAAAUUAUAUGAUGCGCGGUUACGGCAUUAGUCAGAUUCCGUCAAGAUGGCCGCCUCCAGUGCAGUGAUAUCAAUGUCCAAAAUCAUUAAACCCAUUUGGGGUGGACGGUUGGCAACGACAGCAAAAUUUUCUGAGGUGUUUGGAGCCACCGUGAGCAGUCGCAGAGAGAAGUCAACAGUAGGACAAAUCAUUCCCCCUCCUGCGAAGUAUGGCGGCAGACACACUGUAACUCUGAUACCUGGAGAUGGUAUUGGACCAGAACUGCUCAAUCACGUAAAGGAGCUCUUCAGGUUCAGCUGUGUACCUGUGGACUUUGAGGUUGUGAACGUCAGCUCAGCUACCGAGGAUGACGUCAACAACGCCAUCACAGCCAUCCGCCGUAACGGAGUGGCCCUCAAAGGUAACAUUGAGACCCUCCACACCCUGCCUGCUUCCCACAAGUCCAGAAACAACCUCCUCCGCACCAGUCUGGACCUGUAUGCCAACGUCAUGCACUGUAAAUCCCUCCCUGGAGUUCAGACUCGCCACAACAACAUUGACAUCAUGAUCAUCAGGGAGAACACUGAGGGAGAGUACAGCAGUCUGGAGCAUGAGAGUGUAUCAGGGGUGGUGGAGUGUCUCAAGAUCAUCACCCGGACUAACUCCCUGAGAAUCGCUGAGUAUGCCUUUAAAUUGGCCCGGGAGAAAGGUCGCAAGAGGGUCACUGCAGUUCAUAAGGCCAACAUCAUGAAGCUGGGCGAUGGUCUGUUCCUGCAGUGCUGUCGAGAGGUGGCUGCUGGGUACCCUGACAUUGCCUUCGACGCCAUGAUAGUCGACAACACCACCAUGCAGCUGGUGUCUAAGCCCCAGCAGUUUGACGUUAUGGUGAUGCCCAACCUGUAUGGUAAUGUGGUUAGCAACGUGUGUGCUGGCCUGGUGGGAGGACCAGGCCUGGUGCCAGGGGCCAACUAUGGCCGUGACUAUGCUGUCUUCGAAACGGCCACCAGGAACACAGGGAAGAGUAUUGCUGACAGGAACAUUGCUAACCCCACUGCCAUGCUACUGGCCAGCUGCAUGAUGCUGGAUCACCUCAAGCUCCACGAUUAUGCCACUAUGAUCAGGAAUGCGGUCCUUACGACCAUGAACGAGACUCAGUUGCACACAGCUGACAUCGGGGGGCAGGGCACCACCUCUGAGGUGGUUCAGGCAAUCAUGAGACACAUCCAGAGCAAGGGGCCUCUCACCAGCGAGCUCUGAACAUGCACUUCGACCACACACAUCAAGUCAAUGCUGCUGGAUAACAUACAAAUACUUGGUGUGUCUCGUAUAUUUGAACAACUGUGUGCCAUAUGAGAGAGUGGGUGUGUGUUUGUGCAUGUUUAUUUCCAUAGUAAUGCUCCACCGUUGAGCAGUUUAGUCUUGUCUGUAAAUACACACACACACACACACACACACACACACACACACACACACACACACACACACACACACACACACACACACACACACCUUUCAGAUGAGCAGAGUUAUUCAUCACUUUACAUUUGUACAUUUUAGCAGACACUCUUAUCCAGAGCAACUUAUAGUAGUGAGUGCAUACAUUUUUGUACUGGUCCCCUGUGGGACUCGAACCCAAAACCCUGGUGUUGCAAGUGUUAUGCUCUACCAGCUGAGCCACACAGGACCAUGUUAUCUUCUCCUCUGCAUGCCUUUCAUUCAUUCAUUCAUUCAUUCAUUCAUUCAUGUCUGUCUCUUUCAAUGUUAUUUCAAUUUAACACCCUUCUGUCUUUCCAUAACCAUUCUUUGGCUGUUUCAAACACAUUUAACAUUUGAGUGUAAACAAAGGAAGUAGGAGGCUCAAACUGCAUCUGUAAUAACAUGCUGUAGUGAAGUAGUAACAGCUAGGAUCUGUUUCUUGGGUUUAACUGCAGCACUUUCUAGCUACUCUGCUAGGUUCAUCCUACAUCCCAGGACAUGAUGGCCUAGACAGCAACACCUCCAGCUCCACUUAAACGUAUUAUAUGUAGAUAAUGUGUUUGUGUGAUUUAUAUUUGAGCGACUGUUUCUUAGGUAUAUCGGUUCACUGCAGACUUUUGUGAGACUUGAAACGGUUAUACUGUCGACCUAUUUUCCUAAUUGCAAUUUAUCGUACAGUAGAAAAGAAAGUGUGUAAACGGUUAUGUUUCGUACGGUACUGCACAGUGGCAGUUCUAGACCAUUUCAACUGGGGGGGGCCAAGCUGGGGCCAGUUGUACUGUUAGAGGGGCCAGUUACAUUAGACAUUAUUGUUGUCAUAUCGUUUUCUUCACUGGAUUGCAGGCAUUAGCAGGCAAAAGACCAUGUUCAUAAUCAUCAUCGUUGCCACUGUCUAAAAACGGAAGUAAAAAAAAAAAACGAUAGCAAAAACUUGUUAUGUAAAACUUAUUUCAUACUCCACAUUUAGGGGGGCCACAAGGGGGUCCAAAAUUGUUGUCACAGGGGCACUGCCCCCCCCCCCAGAACCGCUAGUGGUACUGCAAUGUUGCUGAAAGAUUAUAGACGGUUUUAUGUUCUUCUCACAGUCCAGCGCUUAGCUUUACGUCUACAGGUAACCUGGCAGGUAGAAGCGCUGAUUCAGGGGGGUUGGGUUACAUUUUCUGUUGAAUGCAUUGUUGCACAACUUACAAGGUAUCCCCCUUUCUCUGCCUCAAAUCAAAGUUUAUUUGUCACGUGUGCCGAAUACAACAGGUGUAGACCUUACAGUGAAACGCUUACUUACAGGCUCUAACCAAUAGUGCAAAAAAGGUAUUAGGUGAACAAUAGGCAAGUAAAGAAAGUAAAAAGACAGGCUAUAAAAGUAGCGAGGCUACAUACAGACACCGCUUAGUCAGGCUGAUUGAGGUAGUAUGCACAUGUAGAUAUGGUUAAAGUGACUAUGCAUAUAUAUGAUGAACAGAGAGUAGCAAUAGCGUAAAAGAGUGGGUGCCAGGACACAAUGCACAUAGCCCGGCUAGCCAAUGUGCGGGAGCACUGGUUGGUCGGCCCAAUUGAGGUAGUAUGUACAUGAAUGUAUAGUUAAAGCGACUAUGCAUAUAUGAUAAACAGAGUAGCAGCAGCGUAAAAAGGGGGGUGGGGGGGCACUUUAUCUGUGACUUUAUCAGAUUUAUCUUUCCCACAGAUACCAAAGUCUUAUGAUUUACCAAUGUCCUUUUUGUGAUCUUGAAAUCAAUUUAAGUACUCUUUAAGUACUCUUUAAUUUGCCUUAAAGCUGCAAUAUGUCACUUUUUGGGCGACCUGACCAAAUUCAUGUGGAAAUGUUAUAAAUGUAAUUCUCGUUGAAAGCAAGUCUAAAAGACGUAGAUCUGUUCUAUGUGCGCUAUUUCUAUGCCUCCAGUUUUUAAGUUUUGUUUUUGCGUCUUUUACUUUCGGUUAGGUACACCAGCUGAAAAUACAAUAUUUUUGUUUAUGGAAAAUAUAUUUCACAGCGGUUUAGAUGGUACAAUGAUUCUCUACACUAUACUAAUUAGGUGAACUAUUAGAAUUUUAGCAACCAGGAAAUGGCGGAGCGAUUUCUGUGUAGUGCAUCUGUAAGGUUUUUUGUUAUACUGGUCUAUAACUUCUCCUCUUUGUCUGUUAAAGACUGUGUCUUUAUAUGAACAACUCAGAACUGUACCCUGAAAUAUAAUAUGUUGAUGUUAUACUCUUUUAUAGAUAUAUAUAUUGUAUUUCACUUGAUCCAGUGGGGGGGAAAUCAUAAUUGUAAACCAGAAUUGCAUAUAUCCCUGUAUUAAAAAAAAACAACCAUUGUGUUUGUGCCACAAAUACCUAGUCUGAGUGUACAAACCAUUAAGAACACCUUCCUAAUAUUGCGUUGCACCCCCUUUUACCCUCAGAAUGUCUCAAUUUGUCAGGGCAUGGACUCUACAAGUUUUCAAGUGUUCCACAGGUCUGCUGGCCCAUGUUGAUUCCAAUGCUUCCCACAGUUAUUUCAAGUUGGCUGGAUAUCCUUUGGGUGGUGGACCACUCUUGAUACACAUGGGAAACUGUUGAGCAUGAAAAACCCAGCAGCGUUACAGUUCUUGACACACUCAACCAGUGUGCCUGGCACCUACUACCAUACCGUGUUCAACGGCAUUUACAUUUUUUGUAUUCCCCAUUCACCCUCAAUGCCCCACAUACACAAUCUUUGUCUCAAUUGUCUCAAGGCUUACAAAUCCUUCUUUAACCUGUCUUAUCCCCUUAAUCUACAACGAUUGAAGUGGAUUUAACAGGUGACAUCAGUAAGGGAUCAUAGACUGAUCAAGUGAAAGCUAUGUCAUGGGAAGAGCUGGUGUUCUUAAUGUUUUGUACACUGUGGGUAUUUACCGUCUCUUAACUUAGUGGUUAAAAUUUAGAGUAAACAGAGCACAUUAAACUGCUAAAUGAAAUGGGAUUUUUUUUUGCUUUCAUAUACUAUAGCUGUGGCUGGAUUAAUGAAAUUAGCAUUGUUAUUGAUCAAAUAAAAAUGUAUAUCUUA